UCACUAAUUCAAAAUGCGGUAUAAAUGUAUAAUGCAACCGGAAGAGUGAUGUUUUCCUAGCGCACUUCCUUCCAGUCCCUCUUGAUCGUUCCCCCCUCCAUCUUUCCUACAGGCUCAAGGCCCGUGUGGCUGGGAGAAGUUCGGCUGCGAGCUUUGAAGGAUGCGACGAAGAUGGCGAUGAACGGUGGGGAAGAGGAUGCGUUAUAUGAGAGUGCGGACUACUGCGAUAUCUAUAACCUCCAGCAUGUACCUUAUGGGAACAGCAGCGGGUAUUUCUCUCGGAUACAAGGUCCAGAAUGUGUUCUGAAGCCUCCUCUAAACCUAAUGGAUCAGCAGCUGCCUCAUCCCUUUCAGCAUGUAUCUCCUGCCCAAACGCUUGGCCCAGCACCUGUUCUGAUGCCACCAGACCCUCUCGCAUUCUCUCUUUGCAGUCCCCUCUCUGCCAAACCUCCCCUUCACCUCCAGCUGUUCCCAAACCCUGCCGUCACAGCACCCCCUGGCUCUAGCCCCAUGCCGCCUGAGAGCGAGUUCCAGGCAACUGGCAGCGAUCAGGACAUUGCACUAGAGGAGCUGUGUAGACCUCUCUACUGCAAAUUGUGCAACGUCACACUCAACUCAUCCCAGCAGGCGCAGGCACAUUAUCAGGGAAAAAAUCACAGCAAGAAGCUGAGGAAUUUUUAUGCUGGCAGUCAACAACCACCUCCUAUACGAAUACCUGAGGAAGUAGAGCCAGUUUCACAGCAGUCCCUCUCCACGCCACCUACAGAGAUUGGCACUGCAGUAGGCAAACCGCAGGCGUCCUUUAUCGGCCCCAGCAGGGUCAUCCUGGCCACAGAGAAUGACUACUGCAAGCUGUGUGAUGCCUCCUUCAGCUCCCCCGCUGUAGCCCAUGCUCAUUACCAGGGCAAGAACCAUGCCAAACGUGUACGGCUUGUCGAGGCCCAGCACAACGCCAGCUCCUUGGAUGCAGCAGACCUCACACAGAGGCGUUCCAGGAAAGAAGGGAAUGAGUACAAACUAAAGAACCGCAGGACCCACAUGAACACUGCUAUUCCAGUUUCAGGGCCGUAUUACAACCCACGGCCAAGGCAGAGAAUCCCACGUGACUUGGCCAUGUGUGUGACGCCAAGCGGGCAGUUCUAUUGCUCCAUGUGCGACUCGGGUGCGAGCGACGAGGCUGACUUCCGACUGCACCUGGAGAGCAAACAGCACAAGAGUAAAGUGUCUGAGCAGCGCUACCGCAGCGAAAUGGAGAAUCUAGGCUACACCUAGGAGGCUGUCCAAGAGAAAAAGAAAACCGGAAUCGUCCAUGUAAUUCUCCAAGUGCCCCUAUUGGCUUUGUUACAGAAAAGUUAACCCGAGAACCAGUCUUACAUACUUUGCAUGGAAUGUUUUAAUUCAGUGAUAUUGGAAUGAAAAGAAAACUACCUCUUGCAGAAUUACAAGUCAUUUUUAUGUCAGAUUGUGCAGCUUUGGAUACAUUUAUGGGAGCACCCUGUUUUAUGGUACUUGAGAAACUGGUCCCUGAGAGGAAUGUUUUUUCCUCCCAUGCUGGGAUGAUGGAGAAAGAUGGCAGCUUUGGCAAAGGUCAUCAGGAUCAUAAUGACUUCUAUCAGUAUUACAGUUCUAGUACUGGAUCAGCUUAUGUGGAACUUCCAAUACAAGUGGGCCUCUGCAGGUUCUGGUUGAGUUUCUUUUAUAUUUAUGAUCCAGUCUCUUCUUUCUAAUGUACAUAUUGUUUAUUGUGCAAUGAAUGCCUCAAAAAGGAAAGGGAUCAAUCAAAAAAAGUCAGAGGCAAACCUCCAUGCUACAGACAGCCUUGGGUUCACUGUGUUAUUACAGGAGUACGCCGAGUGUAGAGACCCAGACUGCCAUCAGAAGGUUAGUGUCACAACUGGGUUCAUGUUAGCUUCUUCAGAACCUGCUGAAUGUACUGUGACCGCGAUGACAAUAACUUUCCUUGCUGGAUUUGCACAAGUGUCUCUAGAUUUACUCUAAAAAGUAUUUACAUAUUUAUUUAUGUAUUACAAAUUUUAAGUAUUUAAGUAUUUACAGCCACAAAGAGUGUAUAUUAUUGUGUUUGGUUUAUCUUGUGGCAAAACUAGUGCAGAUAAUGUUUCAGUAUAGCAGCCAUGCACAUCAUGGUUCCCCCUUAGCUACA